UGGGCGCGCGUGGAUGUGCCGGCGGUGUCGGGGGGUCGCGUCCGAGAGCCCCUCCACGCCGGAUCCGUGCGCCCCCGUUUCCCCCCCGGCUCGGCGAGCGCUCUCCCUUCUCGGGGCCCCCCGUGCGAGGCGAGGCGCGCGGAUAAUGUCUUGAGGAUGUCCCUUUCCGGGACGCUCAGCAGCUACUACGUCGACUCGAUCAUAAGUCACGAGAGCGAGGACGCGCCUCCCGGCAAGUUCCCGUCGGGCCAGUACUCGAACCCGCGGCCUCAGCCGCCGGGCCCCGCCGCCGCCGCCGCCGCCGAACACCUGGACUUCCCCUCGUGCAGCUUCCAGCCUAAGGCGCCGGUGUUCGGCGCCUCCUGGGCGCCGCUCAGCCCGCACGCGUCGGGGAGCCUCCCGCCCGUCUACCACCCGUACCUGCAGCCCCAGGGCGCGCCGGGGCCCGAGGGCAGGUACCUCCGCACCUGGCUGGAGCCGGCGCCGCGCCCGGAGGCCGCCCCGGGGCAGGGCCAGGCGGCGGUGAAGGCGGAGCCGCUGCUGGGCGCGCCGGGGGAGCUGCUCAAACAGGGCACGCCCGACUACAGUUUGGAAACUUCGGCGGCCCGGGAGGCCGCGCUGUCUAAUCAAAGAGCCGGCUACGGGGACAAUAAAAUUUGCGAAGGAAGCGAGGACAAAGAGAGGCCGGAUCAAACCAACCCCUCUGCCAAUUGGCUGCACGCCCGCUCUUCCCGGAAAAAGCGCUGUCCCUACACCAAAUACCAGACGCUGGAGCUGGAGAAGGAGUUUCUCUUCAAUAUGUACCUCACCAGGGACCGAAGGCACGAGGUGGCCAGACUCCUCAAUCUGAGUGAGAGACAAGUCAAAAUCUGGUUUCAGAACCGGCGGAUGAAAAUGAAGAAAAUGAAUAAGGAGCAGGGCAAAGAGUAAAGAUGACCUCCCCCCCUUCCUCCUCGCUCUUAUUAUUUAUGUGGUGGCUGCAAAGCCACUGCCUGUCUGGGUUGUAUCCAAGUGAGUGGGGAAGGGUAUCUCCUCUUUAAAGUUCCUCAUCUACACUCUCUUUUGCCUGUCCAUCUCUCUCUCUCUCUCUCUCUCUCUCUGCCCCCCAACCCUGUUAGAAGGAAGUUUUGUUAAGUUAGAAGCUAGCUGUACUUGGUUCCUAGAAAAGUGACGGGCCUCAAGGAAAGGAAACCCUAGCCAAUGCUCCUAGGAUCCCCGCUAAUAUAUUUUUUUUCCUUGAAAGCCCCAGCCCCUCUCUCUCUCAAUCCGCCCGUCCCCUCCCUGCACCUAUCCAGUCACAGCCCGGGAACCCUUUAAUUGCACCUAGCCCAACGGAUGCCCACAGACAGAGUUUGGAGCCCAGCAGGGCGGCCCUCAAAGCAGAUUCAUCCAGGUUCCGCCCCUUGAUCCGAACGCACGCUAGGAAGGUGUCCCGGGUUGUCCCGAAUGAGGCCCUGCAGCCCACGGUCUCAACACCCCAAUACUUAUCCCCAUGGAACUGCCAGGAGAGGCCUGUGGGCAGAUGGGGCCAGUCCAGUCCCCAAGAAAAAGCGGGGAGUGGUUUUUGGGAUGGUUCCUUUAGCGGAGCCUCUCCUGGGGUUUUCACUUUCCCGCAGGAAGUGUUUGAUUCUGCAUGCUUCCCUCUCCUUCCAGCUAAAGGAGGUCAGAUGGUGGGCAGUGGAACCUUGGCAAUGCCAUUCCCGGCUUCAUACUGCCCCCUUGACAGACCGUAGCUUUUCCUGCCAGCCACAGUCUUGCCUUCUUACCCAUUUCCCCCCCUAGCUCUGAAAUAAACUCUCCUUUCAGCCAAAUCCAUCUUGCACCAGCUAGUCAAGUCUCCCCUGGUAGGAAAAAAAAAAAAAAGCCCCUUCUUGCCCCCCUGCUAGGUCAACCCCAUCAUAGAGAAGGCCAGGUCAGGCCGGAGGAGUCUGAAAAUAUAUUGUGAAUCAAUUUUCCCAGCUCCAGUCCACAGAGGUGGUCAGGACAGGAGGAGCAAUGGCUUCAGCAAGCGGGGCUAGCGGGUCUCUCCCCGUUUCUGACCCACGGAGAAGAGAACCCCUUGACAUCUAGCCAGAGGGACAAAGCGAGACUCCCUUCCCCACAAAAAAAGCUCAGAGUGGGGGGCUUCACCUCCUGAAGAGCACACCGCUGUGCCCACCCCGCUGCUGAUGCCAGCACAAACAGUCCCGCGUGCAAAGGAAAGAGUCAGAAAACAUGCCUCCCUCCGCCAUCCAGCAGGGGCUCAUCCUCCGCUCCUCUCCUCCCCCCCAGCUUUUCAACCCCUUCCACUCCUGGGCCUGCUUCUCCCUCCCCUGCAAAGACGCCGUUCCAGUAGAACUUUGAGUUUUAUUUUAUUAUGAUUCCUUUUUAUUUUUAUUAUUAUUAUUAUUUUUUGCUUUGUCAGUGGCUGUGGUGAAAUUGUGCUUGUGUUUCGUGAUUUCUUUGGCAAUGAUUUUCCAGCUGUUGCUUAUA